UUUCACACAUUUAUGGAUGGUAAAGUAAAUGAAUCAUAUAUAACUCUUGAAGGACAUGUAGAGUUACAUACAUACAGAUAUCUUUAUUUUGCAGUCAUGCUGAUGGCGUAUGUUUGUAUUAUCAUCUGUAAUCUGACUAUUGUGUAUCUUAUAUGGAUGCACAGAAACCUCCAUGAGCCCAUGUACAUUUUCAUUGCAGCUUUGCUUCUGAACUCUGUUGUUUUCAGCACUAAUAUAUAUCCGAAAUUGCUUUCAGAUUUUUUAUCUGAAAAACAGAUCAUAUCAUAUUCAGCUUGUUAUUUGCAAUUUUUUCUAUUUUAUUCUUUAAGUGGCUCAGAGUUUUUAUUGCUGGCAGCUAUGGCCUAUGAUCGUUAUGUGUCCAUAUGUAAACCUUUACAAUAUGCAACAAUAAUGGGAAGAACCACAGUUUGCAUUUUCCUGAGUUUAGCUUGGCUUGUGCCUGCUUGUGUGACUGGCGUGCAAGUGAUAUUGAGCUCCGAUAUGAAACUAUGUAAAAUGAAUUUGAAUGGAAUAUUAUGUAACAAUUUAAUUUACAAUAUGUACUGUGUAAGUUCAAAAGUCCACAUUGUAUUUGGUGCUCUUUCUGUGGCUAUCACUGCAUUCUUCUCUCUGCUUUUCAUAGUUUUUUCUUACACCAGAAUACUGAUAAUAUCCUUUCAGAGUUCCAAAGAAGUGAGAAAGAAAGCUACUCAGACAUGCUCGCCACACUUGCUAGUGUUGAUCAAUUUCUCCUGUUUGUGUGCAUUCGAUGUCAUUAUAGUCAGAUUGGGAUCCAACAUUACAAAGUUAGUACGAUUAGUAAUGACUUUACAGACAGUUUUGUAUCAUCCUCUAUUUAAUCCAAUCAUAUAUGGCUUAAAAAUGAAGGAAAUAUCAAAACAACUAAGAAGGUUGUUUUAUCGAGAUAAAGCAAUCGUUGUGAGGUUGAAGCACUAA